ACAUUUACAAUUUGACAAUCGCUUAAUGACAAUCGCUUAACACAACGGAUUUCCUAAUCAUAUACAAAUGGAUUGUUUUCUUUGUCGUGGUCCAAAAAUGAUAAGAAUUAAAAAACCAAACGCACGAGUGGUCAAAAAAGGUUACCUGAAGAUUCAUGAACGAGGGUGUUUGUGUGACGGAUGGAACUCGCGAUUCUUUGUGUUAUUUGAGGACAGUAGUUUAUUAUGGUAUAAAGACCACAAUAGUUACCACCACAAGGGAGGCAUCAAAUUAAAGAUGGUUGCUAAUUUUAUGGCGGUUGGUCCAAUGUGCCUUCAUACCAGUAAAUUUCCUAAACUUCCGGAAGGCAGACAGGUUAUUCAUCUGAUGGGAAUACCUAAUAUAUUCAAGAGGGGAACCAGAAAAGAAAACAUUGACAUGAACUGGAUUUUAUUUGAUGGAGGAGAUGAGGAAAUGAAAGCCUGGUUGGAAGCUAUUAAAGUAACUCUACCUCCACCUCCUCCUAGACCGGAACGUCCUUAUCCGACAAACAACAAUGCACAACCGAGUGCACCAGUUCCGUCAUACAAUGUCACGAAUUACCAUCCUCCAAAUGAAACCGCCCCUCUGAUUGUACAUACAUAUAAUACAUCCGGAGGAGGUGGUACAAACUUGGCCACAGGAAUGCUUGUCGGAGCAGCAAUAGGAUAUGGCCUUGGUGGUUUUGGACCAGGUAUGGGCUGGGGUUGGGGAUGGGGAUGGGGACCAAAUCCCUACAGUGGUUACUGGGGAGGUUGGGAUGAAGGUGGCACCGUGGAUAUAGAUUACGCUGACUAUGACUUCGGUGACAACAUGGAUUAUGGGUAUGCUGACAGUGAUGUUGGUGAAUUUGAAGCUGGUGAUUUUGGUGGUGACGACGGUGGUUUUUAUGGUGGUGAUGGUGAGGGUUACACUGAUGACUUUGGCGGUGGUUAUGCUGAUGAAUAUGGCGGUGGUUACAACGAUAGUUUUACUGCUGGGGAUGGCGGAGGCUAUGCUGGUGAUUAUGGCGGUGGUGACGGCGGUGGUUUUGCCGGUAAUGAAGAUGGCGGUUAUGCUGAUAACUAUGCUGGAAAUGACGGCGGUGGUGGUGAUUUUGGAGGUGAUGGCGGUGGAUGCGGAGGAGGAUGUGGGGGAGAUUAAACUGCUAGAGCUUUGUUAUGUGAAUCUCUGUGAUCAUAUUUAAACUUUCAUUGUGUACUUCUAAGUCACAUGACUACUUCUAACAUCUAUCAUAUUGCUUAAAUAAUCAAGAUGGUACACAACACUACAGGGAGAUAAUCUGUAAAAAUCAGCUGAACGUUUUAAUCAUGUUCUUUUGUUAAGGAAAUAUUAAACUUCUCAAUGAUCAAGAUUAGUGCUUGUCAAACUGCUAUAUUUCCAAUAAGAUAUUCCAAUAAA